ACCGGCUUAGCGGCUGGGCGGAGAAAACAGAAGAGGGGAGGCAGGCGGAGGAGCUUGUUGCUGCUGCUUUCGGCGAAGGAAGCACCGUCGCGGCGUGGCGGCAGCAGCGGUUUAGCGGCCAAGCUGACCCUGUUUCGCUCCGGAGAGACCUGUCCUGGGAGCGCGCAGCUCAGGAGAGAAGACGGAGCGGGUUUCCUCGGGCGCGAGGAUGAUGAGCGACUGUGGCCCCAGAGCGCUCCGGGGCCCCCAGUGAGGAACCGGCAGCGCGCCUACAGCCCGCCGGGGAUGGCAGCGCCGGCUGAGGCGGAGUCCAGCCAGCCCCUCGCCUCGGCUCCGGCGCCGCCACCGCCGCCUCCCGAGAAGAAGAAGCUCCAGCGAGCGCCGUCCCCGGCCAGACCCAAGGAUGUCCCCGGCUGGUCGCUGGCCAAGAGCCGUCGCGGCAGCCACCCGGGCUCGCCCGCCUCGUUCUCCUCCGGGAAGCCGGGCGCGGGGGGCGGGCACUCGCGCCGGGCUGGGGGCGCCAAGGAUGGCCGCGGCGACAAGAAGGGCAAGGCCACGCCGCCGGCGGGGGCCAGGGGCGUCGGGAAGGGCUCGGCAGGCCGCGCCGGGGCCCGAAUGAAGGGGCGGAACCGCCUGGCCGCGGCGGGGGGCGAGGGGGCCGCGACCUCCGGCGGCUCCGCCAAAGGGUCGUCGCGCCCUCAGCUGCCGCUCGCCCUCACGGACAGCAGUUCGGAGGUGUCGGACUGCAGCGCCUCGGAGGAGGCCAAGCUGCUGUCGCUGCUGGAGCUGGGCGGGCUGAGCGGCGGCGGCAGCGACACCGAGUCGCCCCCGAGCAGCAGCGCCCCGGCCCAGCCCGCCAGCGCCUCCGCCGACGGCGCGUCCCCGCUGCCCGAGGACCCGUCGACGGCCGCCUCGCUGGCCAGCAGCCGCCUGCCUCUCAGCACCUCGCUGGCCUUCUCCGACCUCACCGAGGAGCUGCUGGACGCGGGCGUCGCCCGGGAGCUGGAGGAACUGCGCUCCGAGAACGACUAUCUCAAGGAUGAGAUUGAGGAAUUGCGGGCUGAGAUGCUGGAGAUGAGAGAUGUCUACAUGGAAGAAGAUAUCUACCAGCUACAGGAGCUCCGGCAGCAGCUGGACCAAGCCAGUAAGACCUGCCGCAUCUUGCAAUACCGUCUGCGAAAGGCAGAGCGGCGCAGCCUUCGUGUGGCACAGACUGGCCAGGUGGAUGGAGAGCUCAUCCACGGCCUUGAACAAGACGUCAAGGUAGCCAAAGAUGUCUCUGUGAGGCUCCAUAAUGAACUGGAGACAGUGGAGAAAAAACGGAUCAAGCUGGAGGAUGAGAAUGAGGACUUGCGCCAACGGCUCAUUGAGAGUGAGUUGGCUAAGCAGGUGCUGCAGAAUGAGAUGGAUAAGCUACGGGAGAAUUCUCUGAAGAAAAGAGGAUCACGUUCUCUUGGGAAGACAGACAAGAAGUCAUCUGUCCAGGAGGACAGCGCAGACCUCAAGUGUCAAUUGCAUUUUGCUAAGGAGGAAUCUGCUCUGAUGUGCAAGAAACUGACCAAGUUAGCCAAAGAGAACGACAGUAUGAAGGAGGAGCUGACGAAAUACAGAUCCUUGUAUGGGGACCUGGAGAGCUCCCUCUCCAUAGAGGAACUGGCUGACUCCCCUCAUUCCAGAGAGGCAGAACUAAAAGUCCACCUGAAGCUUGUAGAGGAAGAAGCCAACAUCUUGAGCCGGAGGAUAGUAGAGCUUGAGGUUGAGAACCGAGGGCUGAGGGCAGAGAUGGAAGACAUGAGGGGCCAAGGAGACAAAGAACUCUUAGGGCAAGACAUCCGGUUUGCCUUCUCCAUGACAAACUGCGGGGACUCUGGGGACAGUGUGGUGGAGCUUAGGCGGCACUUGCAGUUUGUGGAGGAGGAGGCAGAACUGCUGAGGCGCUCGCUGAUGGAGUUGGAGGAGCAGAACAAGCUCCUCAUGAAUGAGCUCAAUAAGUACAAGUCAGACCAUGACCUGGACAUCACUCUGUCUGAGGACAGCUGCUCAGUGAUUAGUGAGACCUCCCAAGAAGAACUGGCCACGGCCAAGGUCCAAAUCAGUGAGCUAAGUGGCAAGGUUAAGAAGCUCCAGUAUGAGAACCGUGUCCUGCUCUCCAACUUGCAGCGCUGUGACCUUGCUUCCUGCCAGACCACUCGGCCCAUGCUGGAGACGGAUGCUGAGGCUGGUGACUCUGCCCAGUGCAUCCCAACGUCGCUUUGGAGAGAGGUGCCCAUUGGGGGAGAGAAUGAUGCCAAGGAGAGAGCACCUGGCAACGGCUUUAGCAAGUCGCAUGAAAGCAGCCCCUGCAGGCUUCUCAAGUCCAAGGACUUUGAGACCCUCCUUGACAUCAGGGACCAGGCUGCGCUUGUCAGCAAAGCCAUUGAUGUCCUGAUCUCAGAUGCCAAUGGCUUCACCUCCAGUCUCAAGCUCUGCAUGGACAACGACUGUGCAGAGCUGGUGCUGAGCGAAGCCAUGGAUAAUGAGAGUAUGACUGACUCUAAGCUGAUCAGUGCCAUUUUGAUGAGGCUUGGGGUCCUUCAGCAGGAGCUGAACACCUUCAUGAGGAAGGUGGACUACAUUGGAGACCACCUGAAAGACCAGAAGGACUCCUUGCCAAGCGCCAGCUCCCAGGAUUCCACAAAAGAGGCUCUGCAGAAAGCUCAUGGCUCUGAAUUCCAGCAGUCUGACUUUAGGGAGCCCCCCGACUGGGACAUCACGGAGAGCAGGACCUCUGAUCUCUACCGCAGUAGCAGCAGCAACAGUACCGCCACCAUGGAUGUGGAUCCCAACAUGGAACUUGACAGGAGCUACAAGUCAUAUCAACCAGAGGAGAAGGACUCCUAUGUGUCUGAGAUCAAAGAAUUGCAACUGGUCCUUUCAGAGGCUAAUGAGAGCUUGAGGGGCCUACAAGAACAGCUCUCCCAGGAGAGGCAACUGAGGAAAGAGGAAGCAGAGAACUUCACCCAGAAAAUCUGCCAGUUGAAGGAAGAUCACCAGAAGGCCCUCUUGAGGCGAGAAUUUGAGCUGCAGAGCCUGAACCUACAGAGGAGACUGGAGCAAAAGUUCUGGAGCCAGGAGAAGAACCUUCUGGUGCAGGAAUCCCAGCAGUUCAAGCAAAAUUUCUUGCUCCUUUUCAUGAAGCUCAAGUGGUUUCUGAAGCAUUGGAGGCAGGGAAAGAUCCUACAAAAUGAGGGCAAUGACUUCUUGGAGGUGAACAGCAUGAAAGAACUGUACCUGCUAAUUGAAGAGGAGGAGCUGAACCCCCAGCAGCAAGCAGAUAACAAGAUGUGUAUCAGAGAUACCUGGUCUCAGGACUCGCAGGCCAAUGAGUAUAUCAAGACCCUAUCAGACAUGAAGGUGACCUUGAAGGAGCUGUGCACAGAGUUGCGCGAAGAGAGAAGAGGCAUGAAUGAACUGCAGCAACAGUUUGCCAAGGCUAAAGCGACCUGGGAAAUGGAGAGAACUGAGCUCAAGUGUCUCAUCGCACAGCUGGAAUCCAAGCCUGGGAAAGGCUUGACAGAGCGAGCGCUCUCUGACUGGAAGACAGCUCUGAAGAGGGAGAGGGAGGAGCACCAGCACCUCCUGGCUGAGUCGUACAGUGCCGUCAUGGACCUGACCAAGCAGCUGCAGAUCAGCGAGAAGAACUGGGACCAGGAGAAACUGGAGCUCCUGGACCGAUUCAAGGAUGAACGGCAGCAGGCAGAGCAGCAAGUGAAGGAGCUGCAGAACAAAAUAAAUCAGCUGCAGAAGGGAGCUGACCUCUGGGCUUUGAAAAACUCUGAAAUGGAGAAGCAUGGCAGUAGCUGGAAAGAGACUCUCAAUGAGAAAAUCACCGACAAAGAAACUGUUUCCGAAACAGACAUGAAAGGAAGCAAUUUAAAAAGGACCAAGUCAGUCUCCUCAAUGUCUGAAUUUGAAAGUUUGCUUGAUUGUUCUCCUUAUCUUCCUGGCAAAACCAGUCCCGUCAUCACAGACAACGUCUGCAGCAAAAAGGGCUCUCCAGCUACACAGGUGUUGCCUGACACUUUGAAGGACCCUGCAGGGUUUGCCCCCAAUAACUGUGCCUAUCUGAAUAGUGAGCAGCCCACGCCAGAGAGCCUGACCACAGAGAAGCUGGAUGUCUCGUCAUGCAACUUCACCCAGACAAGCAGCUUCUCUGUGCAGGAUCAGGCCCAGAAACAUGUGCAGAGAAGCUACACUGCUCCCGACAAGACUGGGAUCCGCAUAUAUUAUAGCCCACCGGUGGUACGCAGGUUGGAAUCGCCCCUAGUACACAAGAGAGACGGGAAGAUAAUGGUUGAGCCUGGCUUCCUGUUCACCAUGGCCAAGCCCAAGGAAGAAUCGGACAGCUCCGAAAACAUGUACAGCCGGUGGCUGUGCAACUUCUCCAAGCAGCACCGAGAGCUGCUUGACAGCAGUACUGUUAGCGAGAAAGCUGUGGCCCCUGUGCCCAGAUUUCCGCCUUCCCUGCAUGACCUUGAGAUCUCCGGCAACAUGAGCGAUGACAUGAAGGAGAUCACCAACUGUGUCCGGCAAGCUAUCCGCUCCAGCUCCCUGGAGAGAAAGGUUAAGAGCACUUCCAGCCAGACAGUGGGAUUGGCCAGUGUUGGUACCCAGACUACCCAGUCUGUCAGCAUCGGUCUGCAGACAGACAUGCCCAGGGGCAGCAUACACAGCAGCAAGAGCUGGUCCCCACGAAGCUCCUCCCUUAUAUCCGUUCGCAGCAAGCAGAUCUCGACCUCUCUGGACAAAGUCCACUCCAGGAUCGAACGGCCCUGUUGCUCCCCCAAGUACGGCUCUCCGAAACUCCAAAGAAGAUCAUCUUCUAAGCUGGAGAACUCCAAGGACCGAAGCCUGUGGAACCUCCAUCAGACGAAACAGAAUGGCUCAGCCUGGGCUCGUUCCACCACCACCAGAGACAGCCCAGUUCUCAGCAACAUUAACGACGGCCUGUCCAGCUUGUUCAAUGUUGUAGAGCAUUCUGGGAGCACAGAGUCCAUCUGGAAGCCAGGAUGCCAGGAAAGCAAAGCCAAGCCAGAAACUCCUAAGUACGGGAUAGUGCAGGAGUUUUUCCGGAAUGUGUGUGGCAGAACUCAGAGCCCCACUUUGGCUCCAGAGAAAAAAGACCCGGUAGGAGGAGACAGCAGCAGCAGCAGCAGCAAGAAGCCAGAGCAUUCCUCCUCAGUUGUGCUCCAGCAGUCUGAAAACGCCCCCAAGGUCCUUGACAAAAAGCCCUUGAAGCAGAGCUGCAGUGAGGAACCAAAGCUGUCCAUCCCAGGCCAAGGUGGCAAGGACAGAGCCUUAAAGGAGCCAGACAUCAUCUCUGCUAUUAUUGCCAAUGAGGACGUGGCCUGUGAUUGCAGCUCCCAGUCGCUGACUUCCUGUUUUGCUCGGCCGUCGCGCUCAGCUGUCCGCCACUCCCCUUCCAGGUGCAAGCUGCACCCUUCUGAUGGCAGCCGGGUAGAAGAGAAAGCAGGGCCUCUGAGUGAGUGAGAGGGCUGCGCUUGCUGCCGUGCUGAUGGAAGAGCAACCUAUGCGCUGGAACUGCCAGUCCCUCCGGCACCUCUGGGACUGGCUACUUCUGAGCCAGCUGCAGAUGAGGGGCUCUGCUCUUAGAUACCCAGGGUGACACCAUGCAUCUCCUGUCUCACCUUAGCUCAACAGAGAUACCGGCAGCACAGAGGCUGUGCUACGUGGGCAGGGGACAGAGUGGGAGAGUCUUGCUAGAGGUGUGGUUUCUCGGUCACUGGAAACCUUUCUGUCCCUCCCCCCCUCAGUGGGAACAUGACCUACAAGAGCUGGACGUUGCCAGAGUCUGGUGAAGCAGUCUGUGCUGUUUCCAUGGCAUUGGGUGUGUGUGUGAGAGAGAGAGAGAGUGUGUGUCGCCAGUUUGAGGAGAUGCAUCUCUCUUCUUUGUGAAAAAGGCAUCACAGUGAGGGAUUACGGAGGGCAGUAUCAACAAAGCUGCUUGGCCCUCCCUUCCUUGGUCUAGGGGUGGGGAAGGAAAACAGCAGUCCUUCAGGAAACACUAGACAGCUGGUUUCAAAGCCUUAAGAACUCCUCUCAGAACAGCUGUACUAUAGGAUUUCUCCAGAACGAGGCAUUCAAUAUGGUGUACAGAGAAAGAGGGCGGGGGGAGGGUGCUAGCAAAAUUGCCACCAGGAAAUGCCACCAUAGCAUAAGUGCUCCGGGCCGUUGUGUACAAGUAGAUUGGAAAAGCCCUGGAUUUGCUCUGCAACCAUAUUUGCAUGGAUAGUUUUUCCCAGGUGUGCCCAGCAUAAAAUACCAGCACUGGGCCAUGCACCCAGCCUGCACUGUGGUGCACAGUAUGGUCUUUUCAGAGUGCUGACACUCUUGAUAAAACAAGAGUACGGUUUCGCACUACCGGUUCUCCUGCACCUGACCUGUGGGAAACAGCUGUGCAAGCAUGGUCUGUGUUGCCUUCCUGUCCAUGUGCAUAAAACUUCCCAUGAUUACUGAAAUGCAUCAGUAGACCUGGACUAUUUCUUCUUCAGGCCUCUGAUGCCAUCUCCAUGGCUCAGAACAAUUGUUGCUUUGUAUCAGCCUCUGUGCUUGGCUGCUGUGGUGCAGUUGAGCACCAGGAGUUCACAGAAAGAGUAUGCUGAGUCCUCCAUGUCUACAAUUCCAGUCUGUUUCCAUUUCUCCGUACCCCACACAAUGGGUAGCUGUAGCUAUUCCUAAGGAGAGUUGCUUCUGUCAUUUGCUGUUGCUUGUUUUUCAACUGGAAAUCUCAAAACCCUUUGUGAUCAACUUGCCUCUGUAAUAAUAGUUUA